AUGCCCAUCAUUCCAACCCCGGCAGGUGCCCAGACACCCAGCCCAGUCACGGCAAUGCCAGCGUCGCUCACGCCUAUUACCACCAUGGGCUGCCUCGUAAGCGGUCAGGUCUACUCUGAGUACGAGACCGCAGUCUGCGAAUCGUACGGCUUGGUGACGACAUUCGUUCCUGCAGCCCAUCCAGUUGCUAUCGCCACGACAAGCUCAAGAAGCGACGCAGCAGCUCCGACGGCCUUAAUCACGACAAGCAUGUCAGUAGAGAGCGGGAUCACCGAAACGACAGUACCAACAGUUCCCGACUUCAUUACCAUUGACGUACCCCCGGUCAACAUACCUAUUACCAAUACGACCGAGCAAGCUUCAACGACAUCGAUCAGACUCGACAACUCUGCAAUCGCUAGUUACGUCGGCAUUCCAAAAUCGGAGAUGGAAAAGUCGAAUACUAUACCCGACAAGCCGUUGACCUGGCACGACAUUAUUCACAGCAGGCUCAUCACUCACCGUGGUGUCAUUGAAUUCGAUACUUGGGGUCAUCACCUCCCGGAAUUGAAUGACUUUCGACUCAUUACGCCAGAUCGUGUCUGGUCCUUGGCGGAAUUCCCCAAUGGCAAGCCUCUAACCUGGGAGGAGUUCAAUAACAGCACUCUCGUUCUUCCCAAUGGUACGAUCAACAUUGCUGAGUGGAAGGACAAGCCUCUGACCUGGGACGACAUCCGAGGCACUGUCAUCACCAAUCCAGGUGGCGUCUUCAGCGUCGGUAAUGGUGUCCACGCCUCACCUGACGAGCAGCACAAAUCAAUAAUUCGCCCAAACUGA